AUAGUAGCAAUAAAUUUAUUCCACAAAGUAAAGAAGAAGAAGAAGCAUGGUUAUGUUAUUAUAUGUUAGCUAAAUGUGCUGAAAAAGAAGUACACAUAAUGAAACAACAACAACAACAAUCUAAUGGUCAUCGUGACAUUGAUACACAUUCAAUCAAAUCAUCAUUGUCUUCAUCACAAUCCUCCUUAAUGCAUGUUUUAUACUUAUAUUAUGAAUCAAUGAAAGCAUUAGAUGUAGCUGGUGCAAAAUAUCCGAAAAAAAUUAUUGUUUAUAAUAAAAUACCAUUUAGAGCUGUUGAAGCAAUUGAAGUUUAUUACAGAAUUCAUGCAUUAUCGCUGAAAACAUUAUUGAAAUAUGGACCGCCACCUACUUCUACUACUACUACUACUAAUCAAUCUUCACAAUCCACUAAUUCCAUUUAUCCAAUUAAUUUGAUUGAACUUGAUCAAUUUUUGACAACAAUUGAUUCAUCUGAUUUUGUGACAAGUGCAAAAAAACCAAGUCGAAGAACUCGUAAACGAACAGCCAACAUGGCAGGAUUAUCUACUAAACAAAAUCAACUUCAAAAAUUAACUACUAAUCAAAUUGGAUCUUGUGAAAAUCAUGACAAACAAAUAGGAGUAAAUAAUAUAGCUGAGAAUCCUGAUCAAACUCACUUUAAUUCAGAUAAAUUAGUGCAACCAAUUAAUUCGAAUACAAUUUCAUCACAAGAUGAAUUUAUUGAUCUGGUCUCGCCUGAUCCAGGGAUUGAUGAAGAGGAGUCGACGAAAUUAUUGGCACCACGACCAUCAUCAUCAUUGUCGUCGUAUUCAUCGACCAAUGAUGGUACCAAUAAAUUAGGUUUAUGGAAAAAUUGUAUUGAUCGUUGCCGUCGUGCAUUAGAAUUGGUACUUCAAAGAUUACCGCUACAUUAUAAAGCAAUGUAUCGACUAGCCUCUCUAUAUUUGAAUGCUUCACAUUUAAAAGAUUCUUCUAAAGCAUUAGAUAUAUUAUUGGGACCAACAGAUGAAUCACAGAAACAUGCAACAUUCAACAUGAAUACUAACAAUUCAACUAAUAAUAAUAAUAAUAAUAAUCAUUUGAAUAUUGGUGGUUUAUUUAAGGAUCGGAAACAGAAUAACUUUUUCUAUGGUGUAUGGCGUAUUCCAACUGCAGAUAUUGAUCGAAGUGGUAAUUUUGCAGCUCAUAUGUAUCGAUCAGUUUCUUUAACUCUCUCCUUACUUCAUGAUCAUGGAGAUUGGAGACGUUUAGUUCAAAUAUUUCAUCAAUUAAGGAAACAACCACCGGAAGAGAAAAGAGGAUUUCUUGGUGAAGGUGAUCGUGUGUAUUUAGCAAAACGUGCAUUCAAUCUUAUCCAACCAACAUUGCUGAAUUGGUUAACUCAAUUAUCAUUAUUAUUAGCAAAUCAAAUUAAUGAACAAAUUUCCAAAGAUCAUACAUUUGUAUUUCGUUCUGAUAUAUCAUGUCUGACAACAUCACAAAGUUUUUUAACCAAUGACAUUUUAAUACAAAUAUAUCGACUACAUUGUGUUGCAUAUUCACGUAAUUCCUCUUCUUCUUCAUUAUCAUCAUCAUCGUCCACUUUACAUAGUUUAAAUUCUAGUCUUUCUUCACCUACUACCACUGCUACUACUACUAACAAUGUUACAAGUAGUAUAAAUAGUAAUAAUAAUACAAAUAAUAGUUCGACGACUAAUUGUUCUUCUGGUAGUACAUCUACUACUACUCUACCUGAUGCUAGUACAGUUUUAGCAGCUGAAAUAUCUGGUUAUGCAUCAGUUCUCCAGUUAGCCUAUCGAUUAUGUCCAACAGUUUGGG